AUGGUCUGUGUGUGUUACGUAGAGUUCACGCGUUACGAAACGACGAGCCAUGUCCUUUUGCAUUGUGUCUCUUGCGAGGAUUGGACGUCAGGCUUCGAGGGGUGUUGCAUCGUCUGCUAAAGGAGCAAAUUUUUGGUCUAGAAGAAACCUAUCGUCAUCUAGCAUCAUGGCUAAUCGUGACAAGGCUUCGAAUCAGAUGGAGGACUACAAGAAGACGGUGGACAAGAUGGAACGUCUGACCACGUCCACCGGUAUGCCCAUUGACAACAAGCUGGCCACCAUGACGGUGGGGGAGCGGGGACCCGUUCUGAUGCAAGACUUCGUCUUCUCGGACGAGAUGUCUCACUUUGGACGGGAGAGAAUCCCCGAGCGUGUCGUUCAUGCCAAGGGGGCAGGUGCUUUUGGUUAUUUUGAGGUCACCCAUGACAUCUCCAAGUACACCAAGGCUUGCGUCUUUGAGUCCAUCGGCAAGAAGACUCCAGUUGCUGUGCGAUUCUCAACCGUCGGUGGUGAGUCGGGCUCAGCCGACACGGCCCGUGACCCCCGCGGCUUUGCCAUCAAGUUCUACUCGGAGGAUGGCAACUGGGACCUGGUGGGCAACAACACCCCGAUCUUCUUCAUCCGGGACCCAAUCUUCUUCCCUAGCUUCAUCCACACCCAGAAGAGGAACCCGGUCACUCAUCUCAAGGACCCUGACAUGUUCUGGGACUUCAUCACCCUCCGCCCAGAGGCUACCCACCAGGUCAGCUUCCUGUUCAGUGACCGCGGGACCCCUGACGGCUACCGUCACAUGAACGGCUACGGCAGCCACACCUUCAAGAUGGUCAACAAGGACGGGCAAGGCGUCUACUGCAAGUUCCAUUUCAAGACUGACCAAGGCAUCCGCAACCUGAAUGCAGCCCAGGCUGAUGCUCUGGCCUCUAGCGACCCUGACUACGCCAUCCGUGAUCUGCACAAUGCCAUCGCCACCAACAACUUUCCAUCUUGGAGCGUGAAGCUGCAGGUCAUGACCUUUGAGCAGGCAGAGAAGCACAGGGACAAUCCAUUCGACUUGACCAAGGUCUGGUCCCAGAAGGAGUACCCACUCAUCCCUGUCGGCAAGAUGGUGCUCAACCUCAACCCCAGGAACUACUUUGCCGAAGUGGAGCAGAUCGCCUUCGCCCCGGCUCACAUGAUUCCCGGCAUCGAGGCCUCACCUGACAAGAUGCUGCAGGGACGUCUGUUCUCCUACCCUGAUACGCACCGCCACCGUCUGGGAACCAACUACCUUCAGAUCCCGGUCAACUGCCCUUACAAGGCCAAGACUCGCAACUACCAGCGGGACGGACCACAGUGCGUCACCGACAACCAGACUGGAGCUCCCAACUACUUCCCUAACAGCUUCAACGGUCCCCAGGAUGACCUGAAGUACGCCCAGCAGACCUUCCAUUGCUCUGGCGAUGUGGCUCGCUACAACACCAAGGAUGACGACAACUUCACCCAGCCCGGCCACCUGUGGAACAACGUGCUGACCCCUGCUGACCAAGACGCGCUGGUCUCCAACAUGGCCGGACAUCUCAAGAAUGCCCAGGAGUUCAUCCAGAAGCGAGCAGUUGAGAACUGGUCUCAGUGUGACAAGGAGUGGGGCCGUCGCCUGCAGGCUGCUCUGGACGAACACAAGGCAAACGCUGCGAAGGCAGCCGUGGCCAAGAUGUAAACAGAUGCACCAAGUAAGCUUGAAGCUGAUUGGCCAGUCCCACUGGUUUCAAAACAUUUGGCCAAUAAUAUCAGAGCUUAAAAACUAACAACUCUUAUCUGCAUAAAUUUGAGCAAAGGUAACCUUUCAAUUUUAGUUACACAACAUGAAAAACAAAAUACUGGCACAAUACGUGAAUCAACUACCAAGAAAUUGGAAUAACAUCAUUUUGCGAAACGAAAACAAAAGCACACUUCCAUUACAGAUCCUGUAAUUUCAUACAGUGCCUUGAGCAGAUUAAAAAUGAUACUGUUUUCCCGCUUGCUUUUCUGACGGUUGUUUUUGAAAAAGUUGUUUGAGCUUUGCUGAUUUAAGGCACUGCCUGUAAUGUACGUAAACCGUAAUUAUUUUGUAGAUUUUAGAUUCUAAAAAUAUUUUAUCAAAUGAUUUUUAUUUUUCAAAUAUACUGAAAUGGUUUCUUUCUUCUUUUUGUCAAAAAUUAUAUUGCUGACCAUAGUUACAUGAUGUAGCAGUUGGAUCAAAGCCUUAAAAGAAAAUGUUUGGUUUGAUUUUUUAAAGUUAUGGUUUGGUGAAUGAAAUUUAGUACCUGGAAAAUCUGUAGCUUAAGUUACUGCUGGCCCAUUAGAAAAAGGAUAAUAUUCAAAUAUUUUUGAAGCUAAAAAUUACCAAUGGCAUGACUUCAUUUCUAGCUUUCCAACAUUCUUCAUGCAAUUACCAUUUUAAUACCAAAAAAAUCACUUUGUUUGCUAAAUAAUGUCAUUUUUUGAUCCUGUACAGAAAUUUUAAUGAUCAAAAUCCCAUUGAUUUUUUUUUCCUUCUGCGGUGAUGGUUUUUUUUGUUAACAGUUUAAAGUGUGAUCUCCUUUCACAUAUCGUAAUAAAAAUAUUACAACAUUAAUCCAGAGAUUAUCUUACACAUUUUUACUGCAAUAUUGGGUGCUAGUAUAUGGUUCAAAUCAUUGAAUUGUUAUGAUUGAUUGGUAAUCAUGGAGAGAUUUUAAGUUUGGUUGUCACAUUUGCUGAUGUCGUCUUUACGAUAAAUAAUUGUUGAAAUAAUACUCUGGGAAAAAAAAUUGUGCCAACGAAUGCUCUCAUGUUGAAUUUCACUCAUUUUUCUAUCAUUCCAAUGUACACUAUAUAAUGAGAAAUAAAACGUAGCAUUCAAAUCAAA